CCCGUUGCUUACACUAACCAUUGCAUAGCUACUACUAUAAUACAUUUUUAGAGUGCACUUCAAGUCUCUCAAUCCUCUCCUUCUGCAACCAAUUAAUAUUAUCAAUCUUUUGCUUAAUUUCUUCUAUUUCUCUUUAAAGGAAAUUAUAAUAAUGAAGAAGCUGAGUUUGAUGCUAAGAAAAUGCAAGAGCUUGUCGAGGCAACUCGGAAGAUCUUCAUCAUACAGUAGCCUAAGAUCUAAAUCUACUAGAGAAGACUUAAGGGUACAUGAUCAUCAUAAACAAGAAAAUGAAGAUCAAGAACAUAAAAUUAUUUUUGUUGGAAGUACAAGAAAACGUUACGUGAUUAGCUCUAAGUACUUGAGUCAUCCUCUAGUUACGGCUUUAAUCGAAAAGCCGAAGCCGAACCAGAAGCAAGGGGAUGAAGAAAUGGUGGUGGUGAAAUGUGAAGUUGUUCUCUUUGAUCAUCUUUUAUGGAUGCUUGAAAAUGCUGAUCCUAAUCUUUGUGUUGAGGAGCUUGCUGAUCUUUAUUAUGUCUUCUGAAUCAAAAAUUCUUUAAAGGUAGUGACCAAAAAAGCACUAAUAUGAUUAUUUUUUUAUGAUGUUAUUCAUUUAAAUUCUAACUCCAAUGAGUUUGUAUUAAUUGUAAAAAGAAUUAUGGAAUUUGAUCAUUUGUAAACCUACUCAUGGAGUUUUCUUGUGUUGUACGCUUCAUGGUUGUUCUUAAUCUUUUUAACUAUCAAUAAAUUUUCAUUGAUGCAAAAUUUUAAUAA